AUGCUGUCUCUUCAAGGACUUGGCGUACUGAUGCUUCUGGGUGUCGCAGAGGGUAUCCCGCGAUCAGAUGAAAGUCAUCAAGAGCCGCUUCUCAAGCACCAUGCGAAUAUACCGAGGGACAAUGAUGUACCUACCGAUAUGCUUGGGGCAAUGAGUCCUCAAACAGACUACAGAACUAUGCCGGCGGGCACUUACACCGAGACAAUCUCAACAGGCCUCGUCAGGAUAAUCGUCGUCAACGAACCGACGCCUACAACAGGUAAUCAGGCAAAAUGUCCAGUCGAAUGCGAUUGUACAAGGAUAAAAGAUAAGAACAGCGAUGAAUACGCCCAGUGCUUGACCAACGCAGCAUGCAGACCAUGCAGAGAGCCAAAUCUCACAGCUUCAUCGACGAUAAAGCCAAAGGCUACAGCAUGUCCCGCUGAGUGCGACUGCACCAAGAUCAAAGACGAGCAAAGCCAAGAGUAA